GACAUAAAUCGCAGCUUGGGAGAUGGCCUGUAAGAAGUCGUAUGAGUUUCAAUUCGUCUGUAGCCUACCGUAUGGGCACUGUUUUUUUUCUUGGUUGAAAAGUAACUGACUCCUCUCGUCGUUUCCUCCAGCAACGAAAUCCAAUCUGUCAUGCGGCGCAGCAUUAAAUGAACUCGGGAGAUCUCCGGUGGGUGUGCACUCUCCUGUGUGCGAGCUACGUUAUAGCCUAAGAACCACAGCCCACUGGACAUCCUCCUCCCAGCGAAGCCCAUUUUAUUGCACAGAAUCUAGAAGGGUACCGCUAUCUGACUCUUUCUGUAGUUCGCUUUCUACCUUUCUGUCUGCUUCCCCUCCUAUCCUGUUCGUCGCUUUCGUCAGCACUUUGGCACUAAUUCCUGCUUGAGUGAACCUUCUUCGCUGCAUGACUUAUGAAAGCUGAAGAGGGCUUACUAUAAGUACAACCGCAAACAUAAUAGGACAUACGACUGCGAUUAACCGGCCAGGAAAGUACGUCGUAAUUUGGAGCAAUAACAGCUUCUACAGCAACAACAAAUAAGAAGAUACGAUUCGUCGCUGGUCUGAGUAGGCUUGUUCUCCUCUCUGUCGCUAAUCCUCUGAUCUCUCUGUCCUCUCUACUCUGUGGCGGUGAAAGGGCAGCACAGUAGGUCACCCUUGAUAUUUUGUAUGACUUUGCUUACUACUGCGGCUGCAUAGCUUGCCUCAUUGCUCAUUAAAGAACUAUCUACAGAAAUUAAAUGCCGUCAAGACAGCCCGAAGACAACAGGAAAUACUGAACUGUCUAAAAACUGUCAGUUUUCUGGGUUUCUUGUCUCCGCGUCGGGACCAUAAGGACUAAAAUAUGAAUAGGAAUUAGUAAUUAUUCGGUAGCCUACAACGUUUUCAGGUUUUUUUCAACCAGGAGUAGGGAGGCGAUCAGACAAGGAGCGAAACUGCCGUAAGCCAAUAACUCGUAGAUGCAAGAAAACACGAAGAUGCUGUGGCGUUUAAGUAUCAUCUUUUCGCAUAUGCGUUGUCUUUCUUUCUUUCUACUUUGGAUAACACUUGGUACGACAGUCGUCGAAGUGGUCGGGUCACAGCAAGGGAUACCUUUAUCUGUUGUGAAGUUGUGGGCCUCAGCCUUUGGGGGUGAAAUGAAAUCCAUCUCAGCCAAGUAUUCGGGCUCCCAGCUGCUGCAGAAGAAAUAUAAAGAAUUUGAAAAAACAGUCCGGGUUGAAGAAAUUGAUGGCUUGAAACUUGUCAAGAGGUUAGCUGAAAACAUGGAAGAGAUGUUCCACAAAAAGGCUGAGGCCAUGAGGCGCCUGGUGGAGGCGGCAGAAGAGGCCCAUCUACAGCACGAAGAGGACCCUGACCUGCAGUAUGAAUACUUCAAUGCUGUGCUAAUAAAUGAAGUUGAUGAAGAAGGCAAUUAUGUGGAACUGGGAAAGGAGUUCAUUUUGGAGCCAAAUGACCAUUUCAACAAUUUGUCUGUCAACCUCAGUCUCAGUGUUGUCCAAGUCCCAACCAACAUGUACAACAAAGAUUCUGCCAUAGUGAAUGGGGUGUACUGGUCAGAGGCCCUGAAUAAGGUGUUUGUGGAUAAUUUUGAGCGAGACCCUUCGCUGAUAUGGCAGUACUUUGGGAGCGCCAAGGGCUUCUUCAGACAGUACCCAGGUAUUAAAUGGCGUCCAGAUGAGCAUGGAGUCAUUGCGUUCGACUGCAGGAAUCGAAAGUGGUACAUCCAGGCGGCCACAUCUCCGAAGGACGUGGUAAUCCUGGUGGAUGUGAGUGGAAGUAUGAAGGGUCUACGUCUGACCAUCGCUCGCCAGACUGUCUCCUCCAUCCUGGACACGCUUGGAGAUGAUGACUUCUUCAACAUAAUUGCAUACAAUGAAGAGUUGCAUUAUGUGGAGCCAUGUUUGAAUGGGACGCUUGUCCAGGCUGACAUCACCAACAAGGAUCACUUCCGAGAACACCUGGACAAGCUGUUUGCCAAAGGAAUUGGAAUGCUGGAUAUUGCAUUAACAGAGGCUUUUUCGCUUCUUAAUGAUUUCAAUCAAACUGGACGAGGAAGUGUUUGCAGUCAAGCCAUCAUGUUAGUCACAGAUGGUGCCGUGGACACAUAUGAUGCUGUUUUCGCCAAGUACAACUGGCCUGACAGAAAGGUCCGCAUCUUCCCCUACCUAAUUGGUCGAGAGUCUGCCUUUGCUGAUAAUCUUAAAUGGAUGGCUUGUGCGAACAAAGGGUACUUCACUCAGAUCUCUACGCUGGCAGAUGUACAGGAGAAUGUGAUGGAGUACCUUCAUGUCCUAAGCAGACCCAAGGUGAUUGACCAGGAGCAUGACACGGUCUGGACAGAGGCCUAUAUCGACAGCACUCUCCCUCAGGCUCAAAAGCUUGAGGACAGCCAGGGCCCUGUUCUGAUGACCACUGUAGCAAUGCCAGUGUUUAGCACAAAGAAUGAGACGAGGAAUAGAGGAAUUCUUCUUGGCGUGGUGGGCACAGAUGUUCCAGUGCAAGAGCUGUUGAAGACAAUUCCUAAAUAUAAGCUAGGUAUUCAUGGGUAUGCCUUCGCAAUCACAAACAAUGGAUAUAUACUGACCCAUCCGGACCUGAGGCCUAUGUAUGAAGAAGGGAAGAAGAGGAGGAAGCCAAACUACAGCAGUGUGGACCUGUCUGAAGUGGAGUGGGAGGACAAGGAUGACGUUCUGCGGAAUGCUAUGGUGAACAGGAAGACUGGGAUAUUCUCUAUGGAGGUUAAGAAGACUGUGGACAAGGGGAAACGUGUCCUCGUGCUACAUAAUGACUAUUACUACACUGACAUCAAGGGAACUCCUUUUAGUCUUGGCGUGGCUCUGUCUAGAGGACAUGGCAAGUACUUCUUCAGGGGGAACGUUACUGUAGAGGAAGGGCUCCAUGACCUGGAACACCCAGAUGUGGCUCUGGCAGAUGAGUGGACGUAUUGCAACACUGACGAGCACCCGGAACAUCGCUACCUGUCUCAGAUAGAGGCCAUCAAACUCUACCUCAGCGGACGAGAGCCACACCUGAAGUGUGACAAGGAGCUGGUCCAGGAAGUGCUAUUCGAUGCUGUAGUGACAGCACCACUUGAGGCCUAUUGGACCAGCCUAGCUUUAAACAAAUCAGAGAAUUCGGACAAGGGUGUGGAGAUUGCCUAUCUGGGCACUCGGACGGGACUUUCCAGGAUAAACCUGUUUGUGGUCCCUGAGCAGCUGACUAAUCAAGACUUCCUCACAGCUGAAGACAAAGAAGGAGUGUUCAACGCUGACCACUUUCCCCUGUGGUACAAGAGAGCAGCGGAGCAGGUCCCUGGCACAUUUGUCUACUCCCUCCCAUUCAAUACAGGGUCUGAAAACAAAAGUGUGGUGUUGGCCAGUACUGCUAUCCAGCUCCUUGAUGAAAGGAAGUCCCCUAUUGCAGCAGCUGUCGGGAUCCAGAUGAAGCUGGAGUUCUUCCAAAGAAAGUUCUGGACGGCGAGCCGACAGUGUGCUGCUCUUGAUGGGAAGUGCUCCAUAAGCUGUGACAAUGAGAACAUCAACUGUUACCUCAUAGACAACAACGGAUUCAUCCUGGUGUCUGAGGAUUACUCCCAGACUGGGAUGUUUUUUGGUGAGGUGGAAGGAGCAGUGAUGAACAAGCUGCUUAUCAUGGGCUCCUUUAAAAGGGUCACGCUUUACGACUAUCAAGCCAUCUGUAAGAUCUAUGCUGAAAGCAGUGACAGCGCUCACAGCUUGCUUGAUCCAUAUUUUUACUUCUUUGCUGCUGUAAAAUGGCUCAUGACUGAACUUGUCAUAUUUAUGGUGGAGUUCAAUCUGUACAGCUGGUGGUAUUCAGAUCUCACAGCCAAAGCACAACGGGGUGGCAGAACCAUGCUGGUACCAUGUGACACAGAGUACCCCGCCUUUGUCUCUGAGCGCACCAUCAAGGAGACUAUGGGGAACAUUGACUGCGAGGGAUGCAUCAAAUCGUUCGUCAUUCAGCAAAUCCCGAGCAGCAACCUUUUUAUGGUGGUGGUGGACAGUAAAUGCGACUGCCGGUCUGCCACGCCCAUCACCAUGGAGCCCAUAGAGAUCAUGUAUAACGAAUCCCUGAAAUGUGAGCGCUUAAAAUCACAGAAGGACCGGAGACGCCCUGAUUCUUGUCAUCCUUUCCACCCUGAGGAAAACGCUAUGGAGUGUGGCGGAGCGCUAGGCCUUGCACCCCAGAUGGCGGGAAUCCUGCUGCCGCUGCUCUUCUCUCUGCUUGCCAGGUGACGAGGAGCAUCUGGCACCCGGCACCCGGCACGGCAUGCUGAACAAACACGGAGAAAAUCACGGACUUGAAGUACUGAUGUGGCAUAGCAGAAUUUCACUUCGGUUGAAAACAUUGGCAUUUCAUGGACAUUCAUGAAUUUAAGUGGCCAGUUGGAGUAAUGGAGUAAUGUACUCCAGUUUUCAACAAAUAUGAGUGUGUGUGUGUGUGUCUGUGUGUGCGUGUGUGUGUGUGUGUGUGUGUGUGUGUGCGUAUGUGCGUAUGUGUGCAUAUAUAUAUAUAAAGUUUUAUUUAUUUAUAGUUUGCAAAUGGUAACCAUAAACUGUGACACUGGGACAUGAGUUUGCAGAAGAGUGGUCAUUAUUUUGAGCUUUGCCUUAUACAAAAACAACCUGGUCUUGUUUGUAUACUUUUUAAAUAGAAUUAUCUUUAAAAUAAUGGGGUAACAGGGAAUGGUUUGUGUUGAAGACAAUAGCUCAUUUUAUAACUGUUAAAUCUGGGUUACUAGGAGACCAGGCUGCUCUUUUUAUAUGACAAAACUGAGAUGAUCAAAGCAAGGAGCGUUUCAUUUAAACCAAACGGAUGCAUGAAAAGAAUCACUUUGACAUGGAAUAAAUUUAUUUUUGGUCUGCAGAUCAUUAAUACUUAAGGAAUAAAAACUGGCAAACUCACAGAGAUGGAUAAUAUGAGACUCCCUAAAAAUGAGAUUUCUGUUUUCAUGGUGGAAGUAUAUUUCUAUAAAUUUCUUGCAGUUAUGCUCAAGCUCAUUUAAGAAAAAGUCAUGCUUGUAAAUUGCCAAAUGAAUAUGAAACCUAUUUUUAUCAUCAGAACUUGUCUAAUGCUUACAUGAAUUUACUUUGAAGAAAGACUGGGUUGUGUGUGAAUGUAUGUGUGUGUGUGUGUGUGUGUGUAUGUGUGUGUGUGUGCGUGCGUGUGUGUGUGUGCGUGUGAAUUUUUGUUUAGUAUGGAAGAAAAGUGAAUAAGAUCAUGUGCAAUAAAUCAAUGAGAAUUCAUCAUCAUUUCACUAAUAGCAGUGGGGAAAAAUAGGGACUCAGAAAAUGAAGACUGUUUUGCACUUAAUGUUCCAUCUUAAUACGUUUCAUUACAUGAAUUCAUUUUGAAGAUUAUCCGGUGAUAAUUACAGAAUAGUGCGUACAAUAAAGCUAGAUGAACACCAGUAUAUAGAAUCAGGAUUAGUAAAAUGCAAUGAAAACAAAAUGUCAUUGUUUGAAAGAAUGUUGUAAUAAACAUAUCUUUCACAAAUGCCAUAGGGAAGGUACUGCACCUGGAAAGAAUGUGCACCUGCCAUGUUCUCCAGACUGGCUCCAUGCCACAGGGCUUGUUUAAGAGAGAGCUGUCUCAGGGUGCUGGAACAUUACACCCCAACACUGACUGAUUCCGUUUAUGAAGUGGUGAGCCAUCUUAUUGGAGAGUUUAGGAAUCGCUUGCACAGUAUUUGUUCUUGAUCUGUUUAUGCUUCACCAGUUGUCUUGUGGGGUACAGCGGCAGAAGACUCUGGUAGAGGCCAAAUUAUUAUUACUCCCCCCACCCCCCACCCCCCCAUCACUAUGCCAUAAAAUAAAUAUUUCAUUUAUAUCUGAGAAUGCACAUGAAAUAUUUGUUUGACAACGCACAUUUGAAAUAUUGUUUGAGCUAUACUGAUUGUUACUUUGUGGUCUGCUCUCUCUCCCUCAGUAGUCAGGGAUAGAUACUGGUGGCUAUUUUACCCACAUCUGAUUAAUGCUUGAGCAGGCAUAUUUGUUUUCCAUCAGCCGUAAUGGAGGACACAUGUUUGAUUAUGGUUCUUGGUUCUAUGAUAAAUUGACUGUUUUGUGGCCGCCUCUCCCGUUCCCCUGUGGCCUUAUCUCCGACCCCAUCAGGGCUGCGGCCUGCAUUGUAUUCAGAGGCAUGCCACCCAUUGGUGCACAGCGAGGAGGUUUUCUUUUCCUUCAGAGAAACAUCAAUCUCGUAUUACCGGGGGCAGUGCACCAAAAACAGAGAACAUAACAGAAAACACAUUAAACAAUGUUAUUAAACAUGCUGGGAAUUACUUGUGAAUUUGCUUUUCAUUUUCUGCCAGUUUUAUAUAUAUUUAUUUGCUUACUCUGUCACAACCACUUUCUUGUGCUUGCUUUUCAGUGUUGCGUUUUCCCUCUUGUGAGACUAAAUCUGUACUCGAGAAGGGUUGUGAAUUGGAGCCAUGCAUGGGCUGAGUGAACUGUAAAUCCCAGAGCCUGAUGAUCACAAACUGAAUUGAUUUAUGCACUCUGGGGAGGUGCCACCCCUCCCGUGGAAGGGGGCUGCUUUGAGCUGUGGCUGGGAGGCGUUUCCAUUUCUGUGGUCAGUAAUUAGUCACUGUAUAAUUGACUGCGUAUAACAGUCCAAUCAUUUGUGUCUCCUCCCAGGAGACAAGAUUGAUAAUGGCAAGGAGGCCCCGCUUAAGCACAAGAUAUUCCACUAGGAACUAAUUAUUCAUUUUUCUAACUGCCGUUUAGAUCACUAGAGGCAACCAGACACUAGACUUGGUAACAAAUGCUUUUUUGCUCUUGUUUUUAUUACUGAAGGAAAGUGUAGGAGUAAACAUUCUCUAAUUGGAGAGAAUUCAGCACAGAGAAAGACCUCCUCUCUCCUCCUUAUCUCUGACAUUGUCUGUGAUUGACUCAUCUCCUUCGCGGAGCGAACUUGCACUAGGGAGAAUUUGCAUGCAACUGCAACUCCUAUAGCUUCACAGAUGGAUUGCAUCCCAGUGCUAGGGCAUUGUUUUCAGGGUAAAUUAAGCUGAACCAAAAGGAAUGGGGAAGAAUGCACUGGGGAGGUUAGCAAAUCAGCAGUGUACACACAGUAAAAACUAGAAAACAGAAGGAAACAAAGUGCUAAAAUAAAGCAGUACUGCUGAGCAUUCCCUUUCUAAGUGAUCUACAAGUUUACAAAAGGGAUUUAUGAAAUGGCUCUUGGCAUCUUAGUGUUAGAAAACCUCACAGAAAUUACCUUUUUUGUUUCAUUUGGUGGUUAGUUCUGUGUCAGGCAAAUCACAGCUACUGAAUUCUGUGGAUGUGGAUAUCUUUGGCCUUUCAGAAUCAAUCAAAUCAGAAGAGAUUUUUGAUGAAAAUGGUUUGUUUGUCUGUUAGAGUUAGUGUAAAUUCCAUUGUUGACUGUUUUGGAUCAAUAUUGAUAUGCACUGUUAAAAAGAAAUAAAUCUUGAAUUCUUCUUUUGUA